AGAGGAACACAAAAGAAAAAAAAAGAAAUCUUACUCCAUUGUGAUUCUAAGUUAUCGCCGGUUUUUAUAGAUUAGAAUUCUAUAAUCUGGCUCAGUGAAUCACUGAGUCCUCGAUAUUAGUUUAGUUAAGAUUGAUUGGCAUGUGGAGUUGUUCACUUAUAAAUUAUUAGCUGCCAACAUCUUUGUAGGCCAGGACCAUGCCCCGUAAAGUAAACUAUGGUGUCGAUUUCGAUGAUGAUGAUGAUUAUGAGGAUUAUGAUUAUGAUUAUGAAUAUGACGUGGAAGACUAUGGGGAAGCACCAGAAUCUAAGCAAGAAAUUAGUAGUGCUAGGCAAUGGCGUUGCUCCAUUUGCACUUAUGACAAUGAUGAGAGUAUGAAUGCUUGUGACAUUUGUGGGGUAAUUCGUAAUCCUACUGCAGGCAAUUCCAACAAUAAUGACAAGAGAACAGCUGACAGUGUGUGCAAAGAUUCUGGAGUAUCCAUAAUGGCCAAGUCUCUUUUUGCAUCAUUGCCACAUCGGACACUCCACAAGCCUGUAGUAGCUCAACUGCAGAAAGAUGAUUCUGUGACUAAGGGGGCACAAGGGAACACUAAAUUUCUCAACUGUGAGAAUUUCCAAGGAAACUUUCUUGAAUUACAUAAGGCCUUUAGUUCUCAUAGCCACUCCGACAUCAACAUAGUUCCUUUCAAGUUUGAUGUUCCAUCUCCAGACAAUUUGGUUUCUAGUGGACUGCAUUCCUCCAAAAGGGACUCAAGAGCCAAUUCUUUGAAUCUCAAACCUCCUAAAGCUUCUUCAGGAAUAAUUGACAAUGGGGCAACUAAUUCACAGUCCAUCGUGAAAAGGUUAGAUGACUCUUCUCUGUUGAUGGAAAAAGGCAAACGAGACAGUGGGAAUGAUAAUGUACGUGGAAAGAACGAGGCGUCUGCUAUACAGUCAAGUUCUGGUUCAAAUAGCUCCUUUUCUUUGAAGCCAAAACCUGGAGUAGCAAGCAAUUUCUUAGAGGAUAGUGCACUAAGCAUCCAUUCAAGUGAUGAAAUGCCAGAGAACUCAUCUGCAUUGAUGCCAAAAGGCAAACACAGAAAUAUGGAUAAUAGCAGUUCAUCUUCAAUGAUUGGGGGCGAGCGUCAUAUGCUUGCUAAUAACAUAAGCAUGAUGUCUGUCUCUGAUAAAUCAGAACAUGUAAGUAGCAUUAAUGCUAAAAAAUCUAAAUCAAUUGCACAUUAUCAGCCUGACAACUGGAUGCUCCUUGACAAAGCAGAUGAUACAAUGACUCAACUGAAUCUUGCAAUUGUUGGCCAUGUUGACUCAGGAAAAUCAACACUCUCUGGUAGACUGCUACAUCUUUUAGGAAGAAUAACCCAAAAAGAAAUGCACAAAUAUGAAAAAGAAGCCAAAUUACAGGGCAAGGGGUCCUUUGCCUAUGCUUGGGCAUUGGAUGAGAGUCCUGAAGAAAGGGAAAGGGGUAUAACUAUGACAGUGGCUGUUGCUUAUUUUGAUUCAAAAAAAUAUCACGUGGUUGUGCUCGAUUCCCCGGGCCACAAGGAUUUUGUUCCAAACAUGAUAUCUGGGGCUACGCAAGCUGAUGCUGCAAUUCUUGUCAUAGAUGCCUGUACUGGUGCUUUUGAAGCUGGCAUGGAGAGUAAGAAGGGGCAAACAAGAGAGCAUGUCCAACUUAUUAGAAGUUUUGGAGUUGAUCAAAUUAUAGUUGCGAUUAAUAAAAUGGAUGCUGUGCAAUAUUCCAAGGAUAGGUUUGAUUCAAUUAAAACACAACUUGGAAUGUUUCUCCGUUCUUGUGGCUUUAAAGAUUCGUCAAUUUCAUGGAUUCCAUUGAGUGCCAUGGAAAAUCAAAAUUUAGUAUCAGCUCCUUCUGAUGUUGUUUUGUCAUCCUGGUAUCAUGGACCUUGUCUGUUAGAUGCAAUUGAUGCUUUUCAACCUCCCAGUAGAGAAUUCUCAAAACCCUUACUUAUGCCCAUAUGUGAUGUCAUCAAGUCACCUUCAAUGGGACAGGUGUCAGCCUGUGGUAAAUUAGAGGCUGGAGCUCUUCGGAUUGGAUCAAAGGUUUUGGUGAUGCCAUCAGGAGAUGUAGGAACGGUACGCACCCUAGAGCGUGACUCUCAGGCCUGUUCUGUUGCAAGAGCGGGAGACAAUGUGGCUGUCAGUCUAGUGGGGAUUGAUGGGAGCAAUGUGAUAGCUGGGGGUGUUCUUUGUCACCCUGACUUCCCUGUCCCUGUUGCAAAGCAUUUGGAGUUGAAGGUGCUUGUCUUGGAUUUUGCGACCCCAAUUUUGAUUGGCUCUCAACUGGAAUUUCAUUUAUACCAUACAAAAGAGGCUGCAAGAGUUGUAAGGAUAAUAUCAUUACUUGAUCCAAAAACUGGAAAGGAGACAAAGAAAGCACCCCGCUGUCUUACUCCAAAGCAACACGCAUUAAUUGAGGUUGAUUUGCACGGACCAGUUUGUGCUCAAGAGUUCUCAAGUUGCAAAGCUCUUGGAAGAGUGUCUCUGAGAGUAUUAGGUAGGACGAUUGCCUUAGGUGUUGUGACAAAGAUAAUUGAAGAGCAGGCGUAGUUGUCUGAUACCAGAAAUACAUCAGCGGAUGCUUCAAGUGGCUGAGAUUGCGAGCGCCAAAUUUCUGAUGGUUGCAAAAAACAUCUCUACUUCAUUGGGCUGUACGUGUAAAAUGAAAUUGGAAAUCCCCAUCUAUUUUUGUAGAAUAUUUUAUUUUAUUUUUAUUUUUAUUUUUAAAUUCUUUUAUGCAUUCACUUUCUUUCCUGUGUUUGUGGUUGGAUUUAUCGUGGCAUCCUCUCCAUAUGUAUUUAACACAGCUUAGGUGGGAACUUUUGAGAUUUUGGCUGCUUGCAUUUGUAAGAUGAGAGUUAAGCAGCUGGGAAGUACGUGGGUUAUGCCUGUUGUCAGCUAUCGUUUUUAGAUGAUUAUGAAAGGCUAUGUGCAAAUGUAUUCAGAGCAGGAACAUGUGCUUUCUCCUCCGUUCAAUUUUAAUUGAUUUCAUGCUCA